GAUUUUGAAAGAGAAGCUAAUAUGGGUUGUGGUAGUUCUCUUGUUUAUACUUCUAAUAAGGGGGCCUCGGUGGGGGUGAAUUCUUCGCAGACUCGAAAUGUAACGGACGCCGACGUGAAUAAAAACGACGAUAACGCUCCAUUGUCAUUAUUGCCUGGUUACCUUGAUGAUGAUUUCACCGGCCCUGUGGAAUGCUAUACAGAUUAUCGUGGUUACGUCACGACGGUCAGCGGGGGUGCUAGUAAGAGAAGAGCUGACUUGCUGUGCAUGUGGUUGGAUUCUGCUCUAUCGAUACUAAAUAAUGCUGGGGGAACAUUUUUCGAUCCGGAAAGUUUGGAAGCAUGGCCACCCGAUUUACUUGUUUAAUGACUUAAAGCCUAAUAGAAAUUGAUUCAUAGUUGUAGCUGUGUUCUUCUUCAACAAAUGAUUUGGUGUGUGUGUCCGAAUUUGUAGAAAUGUAUGUUAGGGGAAUGCUCAAAGGAUAAUGUGCGGCGUUCCUCCAGUUGCACUAGGCCUAUAUACUUGAUGUUUUUUUAUGACUUGGGAGUGAGAUAGUUUGUGGGUAUGUGAAUAGAAGAUACGCGAAUGCGUGUUUUUGCAUAUUUUAUGUUUUACGUGUGAUCGGCAUGAAAUUAAGAAAUUCAACUUCGUCAUUGUCACGAUUUGAUCGGCGAAUGUCAAUAGAAUCGAAUCAUUUUUAAUCAACAGCAUAGGUUUUUAUGGAAUCUUAAAAUAUAAUACGAUGCACAUAAUUGGAAAGCCAGAUAAACUUUUACUAAGAUAUUAAAUGUUCUUCCACGUCAAAAGAUCAGAAAGGAUCAGCAGAAUUAGCCUCUUUCUUUUGUAAAACUAGGUAACCAUAU